AUGUCCGAGGGAGUUAAUAGAUCACGUUUGGCGUCCUACAAAAAUGCCGGCCAGGGAGUUACAGAGCUUCGUCGUAAGAGAGCCGAGUUAAGCGUCUCUCUACGUAAACAAGCUCGGGAUGAGCAGCUUCUUAAGAGGCGAGCUAUGUCUCCCGAAACAAAUGAAGAACCAGAAAUUGAAAAGGUGAUGUCACCAAGCGAAAUAGUCCAGGGUUUGAAGUCAUCUGAUUUAUCGGUGAAGACUGCAUCAGCGAGGGCAGCUCGUAGAAUGUUAUCCCGAGAACAGAAUCCUCCUAUUACUGUGAUGGUUAAUGCCGGAGUUAUUCCACACUUGGUUAGCUCAUUGGAUAGAGAUGACUGCCCCGAUCUCCAGUUUGAGGCGGCCUGGGCUAUCACUAAUAUAGCGUCUGGGACUCAUGAUCAUACAUUAGCUGUUAUAGAAGGUGGUGCUAUCCCGAAAUUGGUGAAUCUCCUAUCAGUCGGUGGCGCAGUGGGAGAACAAAGCGCGUGGGCUCUUGGAAACAUAGCUGGAGACGGGCCCAUACCUCGAGACUCUGUAUUAGCUGCAUCGGCAUUACCCGCCUUGCUGCCUCACCUCUCGAUUGGAGCGCCACUCGCCACUCUAAAAACAGCUGUCUGGACGUAUAGUAAUCUCUGCAGGAAUAAGAAUCCCCUUGUGCGUUUUGAGCUUGUAUCACCCGCGCUGCCAGCUAUAUCUGAAUUGCUUACAGUCAGUGAUCGGGAUGUAUUGGCGGAUGCAUGCUGGGCUUUAUCAUAUCUGACCGAUGGACCAGAUGAAAGGAUUGAAUCCGUACAAAGCACUCCUCAUCUGCUUGAAAGACUUGUUAAUUUACUCACACAUCAAGCAGCAUCGGUCAGAACACCUGCUUUAAGAGCUGUUGGGAACAUGUUAACCGGAUCAGACAAACAGACAGACAGAGUUUUACAAACUGGCUGCCUUGAAGCAUUAUCUACGCUGCUCAAAUGUUCCAGAUCAUCACUAGUUAAAGAGGCAGCGUGGGCAUUAUCAAAUAUAUUUGCCGGCACAACUCAACAGAUACAGAUAGCUAUAGAUUCUGGUGUUUUACCUAUUCUAGUAUCUGUGUUAUCAAAUAGUGAUGCGAAAUGCCAGAAAGAGGCAGCAUGGGCUAUCAGUAAUGUUUGUUUGGGUGGUACUCCAGCCCAAUUGGAUAAAUUGAUAGCCGCUGGCUUUUUGGAGCCCUAUUGUGCAUUAUUAAAAGCCCCAGAUGACCGAACAGUGGUUGUAGUUUUGGAUGGCCUUGCUCAUUUGCUACAGGCGGCAGCUAAAUUCGCCCAAGUGGAUCUUCUGUGUGUGAAAUUGGAAGAGGUUGGAGCAGUGGACCGGAUUGAGGGGCUUCAACAACAUGAGAAUGAACAGAUUUAUCGUAAAGCUUUGCAUAUUCUGGACACAUACUUCGUAGAACAGGAAGAUCUUGCCGAGCCCGAACAAGUUGGGGAUGAAUACCACUUCAGUGCCAAUGAUAAUCAACAAAUACAAUUCUAA